UGUUGGACGGAGACAGACAGAUGUUGGAAAGAGACAGACAGAUGUUGGACGGAGACAGACAGAUGUUGGAAAGAGACAAUGGACAGAUGUUGGAAAGAGACAGACAGAGGUUGGACGGAGAUGGACAGAUGUUGGAAAGAGACAGACAGAGGUUGGACGGAGACAGACAGAUGUUGGAUAGACAGAUGUGGGAUAGAGACAGAAAGAUGUUGGACAGAGACAGAUGUUGGACAGAGAUGGACAGAUGUUGGAAAGAGACAGACAGAGUGUUGGAAAGAGACAGACAGAUGUUGGACGGAGACAGACAGAUGUUGGAAAGAGAGAGACAGAUACAGAUGUUGGAAAGAGACAGACAGAUGUUGGAAAGAGACAGACAGAUGUUGGACGGAGACAGACAGAUGUUGGAAAGAGACAGACAGAUGUUGGAAAGAGACAGACAGAUGUUCGACGGAGAUGGACAAAUGUUGGACAGACAGAUGUUGGAAAGAGACAGACAAAUGUUGGCUAGAGACAGAUGUUGGACAGACAGAUGUUGGAUAG